AUCUCUAGCCUGCCAGCAGGAGAGCAUGGCCAAUUACCAGCUGCAGUUCCAAAAAUGUCUCAGAUCGCCCAGACUGAAAAGGGACACAAGCGAUCUCACAGCCCUCCUAGAUUCUGGGACUGUAUUAAGUGUUAAAAAUUCACCGGGAUGUGAAAUUACCUCCCUUUCAAGUUCUCUACUAAGGCACAGCCGCUGCAAGCCUCCACCAGCACCUGUGCUGGGGAGGGCUAAGUGAGCAUCCUGAGGUGCUCCCCUGACUGCUGGGGUGAAUUGCGGGCCUCCUGGGUCCCUGCAUCGCCCCCCGUGCAGGGGUGAAGCAGCAGUUUUGUCCUGCAGGUACAGUAGGUACUGGAUUAAACAGGUCUGCUCUUGCAGACAGAGACCAGGCACCGUUCUAGCACGAGCUGUGUUUGGAUUGGAGUUUCCAGGGCCUUAUCAGGAGCCACCCCUAGUGACACAGCCGGUGCCAGAACUAACUUUGACUUUCACUCCUCGCCAAGGGCUUGCAGAACACCUUAAAGGAAAAAAGAUGGAGGCGCUUAGAGUUCAGAUGUUCAUGCCUUGCUCCUUUGAAAGCUUAUAUCUCAGUUCCGAGGAGCAUCCUGGGGCCUCCAAGCCUCCGAUAAGCUCCUCCAGUAUGACAUCACGCAUCUUGCUACGCCAGCAACUCAUGCGUGAGCAAAUGCAGGAGCAGGAGCGCAGGGAGCAGCAGCAGAAGCUGCAGGCGGCCCAGUUCAUGCAACAGAGAGUGCCUGUGAGUCAGACCCCAGCCAUAAACGUCAGCGUGCCCACCACCCUUCCCUCCGCCACCCAGGUGCCGAUGGAAGUCCUCAAGGUGCAGACCCACCUCGAAAACCCCACCAAGUACCACAUACAGCAAGCCCAAAGGCAGCAGGUAAAGCAGUACCUUUCUACCACUUUAGCAAAUAAACAUGCCAACCAAGUCCUGAGCUUGCCAUGUCCAAACCAGCCUGGCGACCAUGUCAUGCCACCAGUGCCGGGGAGCAGCGCACCCAACAGCCCCAUGGCUAUGCUCACACUUAACUCCAACUGUGAAAAAGAGGGAUUUUAUAAGUUUGAAGAGCAAAACAGGGCGGAAAGCGAAUGCCCAACUAUGAACACGCAUUCACGAGCGUCGUGCAUGCAGAUGGAUGAUGUAAUCGAUGACAUCAUUAGCCUAGAAUCAAGUUAUAAUGAAGAAAUCCUGGGAUUGAUGGAUCCUGCUUUGCAAAUGGCAAAUACGUUACCUGUCUCUGGAAAUCUGAUUGAUCUCUACGGUAACCAAGGCCUGCCACCCCCAGGCCUCACCAUCAGCAACUCCUGUCCAGCCAACCUUCCCAACAUAAAAAGGGAGCUCACAGCGUGUAUUUUUCCCACAGAAUCUGAAGCAAGAGCGUUGGCUAAAGAGAGGCAAAAAAAGGACAAUCACAAUUUGAUUGAACGAAGAAGACGAUUUAACAUAAAUGACCGCAUUAAAGAACUAGGUACUUUGAUUCCCAAGUCAAAUGAUCCAGACAUGCGCUGGAACAAGGGAACCAUCUUAAAAGCAUCUGUGGACUAUAUCCGAAAGUUACAGCGAGAACAGCAGCGCGCAAAAGAACUUGAAAACCGACAGAAGAAGCUGGAGCAUGCCAACCGGCACUUGUUGCUCAGAAUACAGGAACUUGAAAUGCAGGCUCGAGCCCACGGACUUUCGCUUAUUCCAUCCACGGGCCUCUGCUCCCCCGACCUGGUGAAUCGGAUCAUCAAGCAAGAACCCACUCUCGAGAACUGCAACCAAGACCUCCUUCAGCACCACGCAGACCUACCUUGCACAACAACGCUUGAUCUCACAGACGGCACCAUCACCUUCAACAACAACCUUGGCGCGGGGACCGAAGGGAACCAAGCCUAUAGCGUCCCCACGAAAAUGGGAUCCAAACUGGAAGACAUCCUGAUGGAUGACACCCUUUCUCCCGUUGGCAUAACUGACCCGCUGCUCUCGUCAGUGUCCCCCGGAGCUUCCAAAACAAGCAGCCGAAGGAGCAGCAUGAGCAUGGAAGAAGCCGAGCACGCUUGUUAGCGGGCCGUCCUGCCCUGCGCUUUCCGAAACUGCUUCCUUUCUCGAUUCGUAGGUUUCCUAAUUUCCGCGAAGGGGGUUUCUUGAUAAUUUUUCCUUUAAUAUGGAAGUUUUUUUCAUGCUUUAUCAAUAGCCCAGGAUAUAUUUUAUUUUUAGAAUUUUGUGAAACAGACUUGUAUAUUCUAUUUUACAACUACAGAUGCCUCCAAAGUAUUGUACAAUGAGUGUACAGUAUCUGCGAACUGAAUUCGCCCCGGACUUUAGCUUUCUGAGCAAGAGGAUUUUGCAUCAGAGAAAUUUCUGUCCAUUUUUAUUCAGGGGAAACUUGGUUUGAGAUUUUUUUUUUUUUAAUGCCUGUGACAUCUUUGGAAAUUAAAUGUAAAGUUUAAUUGAAAGAAUGUAAAGCAACCAAAAAUUAAAAAAAAAAAAAAAAGGCAGAGAGAAAGAGAUUGAGGAAAGAAAGGAAGAAAUCCAAACUAACCAUUUUUUACUUUGUAAAUGUAUUGAUUCAUUGGUACUGCCUUAAAGAUCCAGUACCGUUUUAACAACAUUUAGUCUUUCUACUGCAAGCUAUUUAAGGCAAUACAAUAUUCUGUUAAAAAAAAAAAAGUGCAUCCAAUUUCAUGAGGAUUGUCUGGUUAGAAAAUGUAACUGAUCCCUUACUUAGGUGCAAGUGAAAUUGAAGGGUUAGAGAGCGAGGCCCUGACACAUGGGCCCUAAUUUUGCUGUCCUUCACUCUGUGCUCUGUUACAGUUUUCCUCAUCAGUUAGUGUGAUUCAGUUUUCCAUAAGAUAUAUUUUAUUUCAAAAGGAAAUGAGUGUCCUCUCAAAAUAUUGAGGAGCACUGAAAGUUGUCCUUUUUAAAAUUUUUUUCCUCUCUCUCUCCCAUUUCACUUUUGAUAAAGAAAACCAAACUGGGCACAUUUCUAAUUGGCUUUCCUAUUUUUAUUUUUAAAUUAUGUUUUACUGUUCAUUUGAUUUGUACAGAUUCUUUAUUAUCAUUGUUCUUUUCAGUAUGUUUGUAUUAAUUUGUAAGAAUAUGCAUCUUAAAAUGGCAAGUUUUCAAUAUUUUUACAACUCACUGGUGGUUUUCCGCAUUCUUUGUACCCACGUGAAAGAAAACUUUUAUGCAAGGUCUUGUGUUUAAAGAGAGCUUUGCGAAUAUUUUGUAUAUUACCGUCUCACUUGGAACUGUUUUUUUCCACACGUUUAAGGUGUAGUAUUAAUAGGCAAAAACUGGCUUUCUAGAGAAAAUAAACUUACAUAUUUAUUUUUAGUGAUAUAAAAGUAGCAAUAUUCUUGGAGAAUGAUCACCAUAGCAUUGAUAUGCCCAUAAUGGUCAUUUAAAUUGGGGUUUAUUUCAGCAAACAGCUGCUGAAUUUUUGGAAGGAGAAAUAACUGUAUUGGCAAAUUACUGUUACUGGGUAACAGUGUUUCAACAAGCAGCAAAGUUGUAAGUUAGUUUCAGUGCAUUAUCUACUUGUGUGGUCCUUUGCAAUAACAGUAGUGUUACAUGUAAUCUAUCUGGCCUACGUGUUUUAUACAGCUGACAUAUGGUGUUAAGAGCCAGGCUGUUGAAUGGAAUUUCUCAGUAGCAGCCUACAAUUGAAUAGCAAGUGGCAUAAAGCAUAUCCAUUCAGAAUGAAGUGCCUUAAAUAUAGCAGUAGUCUUUUUUGGACUAGCACUGACUGAACCGUAAUAUAGGAGACAGUUUCAAGAUGGUAUUUUUCAUAUUAAAUAUAUUUUAGUGACAGAGUGCCAACUUUUUUCAUCAGGAAAUCUUAUUCAGGAGGAAUUUUUUUUUUUUUUUUAAGAAAAUGAGUUUAAAUGUCAAAUACGAAUUGGCGGAUGGGUAUUGGAGGGUUCAAAGAGAAGGUGUGAUUGUCAGGUGAAUGAAUGGAUGGCUUCCAUGAAAAUAAUCAACUGCACAGUUCCCAUGCACGUCGGGCAAUGAGAAUCCUUGGAAACAUUGAUGAUGCGAUCAGUUUUAUAGCUUUAUUACCGAAGGGGGUAGGGAAAAUUAAUUCCCAUUCUUUCAAUCCCCUUAAUUGUAUAGCUCUUUUCCUAGAAUAGUGAUGCAAAUCUGCAUGAACAGCUAACUGUACCAUAGUGUUCACUGAUACAAUCAUAGCAUUGUCUAUUUUUCUCUUCAUAUUUAUAUGGGGGGAGGGGAGCUGGGUGCAGAAGUCCAAGAUCGCUACGGUAUGGUGUUUGUUUUCUUUAGCUGAUGGUGAGGGUUCUUGAAAACGGAGCAAGGUUGACGAGCCCCUGGCCCAGGGAAUAUGGCCAGGGCUAAGUGACCUUACACAAAGCUCUGUUAGAGGAAGCAUGGCAUCUCGUACCACUGUCCUGACUUUCGCAACUCCUGAGCUCACUGCCACCUGCUUCCCCAUCCCCUUCUUCUUAAGAGACAAUUUCUCGGAGUGGCGGGUGAGGAAGCCCAGGAGAAUGCUGCAGCCUCGGGGGGUGGUUUUAUUUAUUUCUUUUUUGCCAAAUCAAGUGUGGAUUUGUUUUAGGGACUAGUUAAGCCAAGAAGCGGUGGUUUGGGGUCGUCGUUUGUGACCGCGAGAGAAUGAUCCACACCACUCCCCUCAUCCCUGGGAGCACACUUGUGACUCGGGGUUGGGCCUCCGUAUGGAGUGACCAAAAUGCCAAACUUGUCCACCUGCCUCCGGAUAAGGCCAUGGAAAUACCAAACCCUUUGACUUUGCCAAAAACCCUUACAACCAACCUGGACAUACACAGGAUGACAAAGUUCUUUCUGGUUGUUUUUAAAUAAUAAAGCAAUAAGAACAAAUAAAAUACAUAGGAAGUUAAGAGAUAUAAAAUAAAGCACAAAGGAAUGCACUUAUUAAUAUUUUUUAAAAAUGCACUGGGGAAAAGUUGGUGUUGAUAGCAGUAUAUUAAAAGACCCUAUUUCUUGAAAAAAAAAAAAAGACAAAUGACUGUCUCUUGCGGACGCUUGGUACUGUAAUGUUAAUAAUAUAGUCCCCUGCUGUUGGACGCAGCAAUCAUUUCUGUAUGGUCCAUAGCACUGUAUAUUAUGGAUCGAUAUUAAUGUAUCCAAUGAAACAAUUGAACUGUUGUUCUUGAUAGCCUCAUUAAAGCAUUUGGUUUUUCACAUAGUGGUGGCCAGUUGUUUUUAGUUAAUGACAAUUUUGAGUAUUGUUUGCCUUAUCCAAAAUGGUAGUGCACAUUUUCUUCCGAUGGAAUGAAUAACGAAUUGCAGGAAAAUUUUUAAAAUGCCAGUAAGUACUUUUUUGUUUGAAAUGCCAUUCUAAGAUACUACUUUUCGGUUUUCAACAUUUUUGAUUAUGACUUGCACUCAGAUGAACUAUAAUUAUACAGCUUCCCCCCAGCUACCUCUGAAUUUGGGGGAGAUUUUAAACUCCCAGAUGCCAAGAAUUCAUUUUAGAUACAGGAGUUUUAUUUAACAUGUUUUAGUGAGAGGUGGCUUUUUAAGAAGAGAAAUUGUCAGAGAAGCCCUUGCAUAUUUACGAAAAAGACAUUGGGUUUUUAAAAUACAAAUUUACAAUAAUGAAAGCUUAAUAUACCCAGGUUGCCAGCUACUGGCUGUAUUUUUUUUAAAUACAGCACUUAAGAAUCAUUUGAUAAAUGUUGGAUUUGACUUGGGAAGUGUCAGACAAAACAUGUCUUUAUUCCCUAGCUAGACCUUAAACUUCUGCCCUCUUUAAAAAAUAUUCUGGUUUAACCUCUGGAGAAAACGAGCAAGAAACUUCCCGUAAUGCUUCUGACCUGAUUGUCAGCUUUUUGUUAAAUUAGAUUUUUUUUCUUAAAUUGUAAUAUACAAUAAUCAAGCCCUUUCUUUUUCAGAAUUAUUUGAAUUAUUUAUAUUUCCCAUAGAAAAGUGAUUAUGUGAUGCCUUAAAAACGUGUAAAAGUAGGAAGAUUUCCUAUGUCAAGAAGAAGUUUUCUGGGCAACCUUGAAAGCAGGUAAGCUGAAGGCUGGAGCUCUUCAUGUCAGGAGGUCUGCAGCAGAACUGUAACCCUGUCCUGGCAUUUGCCUCUUCACGAUCACCUCACAAGCUUUAAGGAUCCUUAAUCUUCAGCUAACCCCUGCCAAAAGGAAAAAAACAAAAACAAAAAACAAAAAACCCACAUCCUAUAUGUUAAAGCCUUGUUACCUGAACAUCACACAUUUGCCUACAGCUUGUGUGACUUUAUUUCAUAUUCACAGAUUUAGAUUUAUUAAAUUUUCUAUUAAAUGAACCCACUUAACUGAUAAAUCUAUCCACGAAGUGACAAAACAUGGACUGGCAGCUAGAUCUGAAUUUCGGUCUUGCCUCUGCCGAUUUCCAGCUCUGUGGUUUUGAGUAAGUUACUUAGCCUCUCAAUGCUUCAAUUUCCUUUCUGUUCUUCGGUGACCUAACAGCGGCGACCACGUGGUGGUCUUGUGAAGUCCAUUCGAACAGACAGACGAGAAUUUUUGCUUGGCUGCGCAUAGUAAAUGCUCAGUAAAUGGUGGCUGUGACUGUAUGAUCAUAACACCCUCCAUUAAGAAAAUGGCGCCCACUCCCUGGACCUCACGCAGUCAUCGUGUGUAUCAGUGGUGGCAUAUGUUGUGAGAAACGCUGCAUUUUAGCACAGAGCUAAUAUUCGUGUGAACCGGCAAGGUGACAGAAGCCACAGGGUGCUUUCGAGAAGAGGACUGCCCUGUAUCUAGGACCCGGGGUUAGAAUAUUUUACAGAAUAAUAAACCCAAUUUAUCACCUUUUAAAAACACCAUCAGCACAAAUGACCUAAAAUUUAAAUUGUAUUAAAUGUGUAUAAUCUGCACGGGUGCCUCUGCUAUGAGAAUAAUUAUGCUAUAUUAUUCUCAGGAAAUGCGCUUUACUGAAGUUGAAAUCUCCAUUAUAGUCCCUAGAGAAUUAAACUUUUUAAUCCUUUAUGAUAGACACUGAUGUUAUGUAUCUAAAGAGCGAUGUCUUGACUAUAUCCUGUCUGUUCACUUUCCUAUCAAUAUUUAAAUGGUUUUUAGGUUUUUAUUUUCAAUUAUACUUACAUUUGAUGACUUUCUUGGAACACCAUCUGAGGAGUUAAUCUUCAUAACCCAGCCAACAGAAAUGAACCUUUAGAACUACCCUGUUUUUAUUUUUUGUGUAUGCCAAGAUUUAAUGCAUAGCCAAGUAGCAUGAGGCAAGCUCGUUUAAGAGGAGUGUUGUGAAGUUAGAUUUUCAUUAUAUUUAGUGAGAGAUGGUGAUGAUCUCUUAAUUCUUUGCUGCCACAUCUGAGGCCCAAUAGCAAUGGCUUCAUGUCCUCACCCAUACUAACAUGAAUCCGUAAUAUACAUCUUGUGCAGAAUGUAAAUGAAAAAGCUUCCAUUCCAUUCCCAGUUUUCCCAAGAGGCAUGUACAAAAAGAAAAAAAAAAAAGAGAGAGAGA